AUGAUGUUGAAGUACUUGUUUGAGAUGAAAGAUGGUUGCUGUCUGGAUGAGACUUUGGUCCACUGUAGUCUGACUGAAUUAGAGGAUGCAGCAUUCACAUUCCCGGUAUUGUUUCAAGAUGUUACUUACCAGGUCUUUGUUAGGACUCGGCCCUUCUUCCGAGAAUUCUUGGAACAUGUUUCUAAGAUAUUUGAAGUUAUACUGUUCACUGCUUCAAAGAAAGUAUAUGCUGAUAAACUGAUGAAUCUCCUUGACCCAGAGAAAAAGUUGAUCAGACAUCGUCUGUUCCGAGAGCAUUGUGUCUGUGUUAAUGGGAAUUACAUCAAAGACUUAUCCAUCCUGGGCAGAGAUCUUACCAAAACCAUCAUAGUGGACAACUCUCCACAGGCAUUUGGCUACCAGCUUGAUAAUGGCAUCCCAAUUGAAAGUUGGUUUGUAGAUAGAGAGGACCGUGAGCUGAUGAAGUUGUUACCUUUUCUUGAGCAUUUAGUUGUCAUGGGCCAGGAUGUGAGGCCACAGAUCAGGCACAGAUACAGGCUGUUCCAGAUGAUUCCUAGAGACUGACUGACCUAGAUAUCUUACAGUGAGUUCAUCUUAUGGUUGAAGGGGACAACGAGGGCAGCACUGACUCCAGCAAUCUUUCCCCCCAGAUUGAACACUAAAAGAUACACCAACUGAUAUACACCUGAUAUUGAUUCUUACUCUUUAAAAUUUGAUUUUGAAGUUAACAUUCUGAAUCCACGAACAGCUCCCAGAUACAUGAAGGUUUACUGAUGAUAUUUCUGGAGUUUCAGUUAUUCAGCAGAAUUAUCAAGCACUUAAAGAGUGUCCAUAUAAUAACCAAGGUGUGGCACCAGGGCACCGGUCUUCUGCAGCCUGACAUAAAUACACCUGUGGACAGUGGACACUUGCUAUCAAUAUGAGGAAUGCUGUGACCUUUUACAGCUAUAUCU